AACGAUGCGCAGCCGAACAGCAAACCCGAAAACCUCAUCAACUCGCUAACAAAAUAACCGGGACGUGGUAGAGGGGACAUUGUUCCACAAUUACUGCAUGCAACUGGGAGGCGGGUUACUGGUUUCGACGUGAUUAAUGAUUGGUUUAUUUACAAUACCAAAGGCUGGAAAGUCUUGAAAUUGCUGGUUACAGUUCAGAAACAAUGAUAUUUUAAUCAAUAUUUUUACGCUCUGUAAGGAAAAUAUAGGGGAUAUUAUGGAACCAGUACGUUGGUGGCGGCAAUAGGAAAAACAGGCCGUGGCGCCCCCUGUUAGGGUACAGCAUGUCGGCGCAGACCCAGAAGGAGUGGAGCUGCCUAGAGGCCCUGGGUCUGUCCCAGAAGGAGCUGGUACUGGCCGAGGCCCUGCAAAUGGAGUAUGAUGCCCUCUCUCGCCUCAAACAGGACAAGGGGGUCCCCCCGGGUGACAGUGGGAAAGCCCCCACACCUCCUAAGGAACGCUCCUCCCCCUGCCGCCCCAUCCCCAGCCCCCCCGGAGGAAGCAGCAUGUUGAGGGGCCUCUCAAGCUCGGACCCCUCUCUCAACCACCUCCAGCCUGGGGGAGCACAGAUGCCCCGGCCCUCCCCAGCCAGGGCUAGCACUUCCCGGGGGAGCUACAGCAAGGAUCCCCUUUACAUCCUGGAGACUCCGGGGAAAGAGGACUACUUUGGUUCUAGCUACGGGGACUCCAUGGGCUCAGGCUCUGCUCUGAGUCUUUCCAAAGGGUUCCCCCUCCCUCCGGAUGACCCCCCUCCAGCCAUCCCCCCCAGGAACCCCCUCCCCCCAUCAUCAUCCUCAGAUAACCCCAUCCUGCCCCCCAGGAGCUCUGCCCCUGUGCCCCGCGAUGUCAACUUGUUCACCCCAGAGGAGGAGCUGCCCAAGCUUACCACAGGGGAAUCGCUGAACUAUGACAACCUGAACGACGCCCUCUCCAGGCUCAACGGGGACUGGCUGGCACCCAGGGGGAGGCGAGUCAAUGGGGACCAAUCAGGGAAGCCUGUGGCACGCAGUAAGACCCUCCCCCCCCAGGUCCCUCCCAGGACGUACACGCCCCUUCAGAAGAGCAACAAAAACCAGCGCAGGGUGUCAGCUGACCCGGUGUCUCUGGGCUCCAGGGUGAACGGUUUUGGCUACGAGCUGUUCCAGGUGUCAGAGGAAAGGGACGAGGAGGUGGCUGCCUUCUGUCACAUGCUGGAUGUGUUGCGAUCAGCGUACCCCUGCAACGAGCGCUCCAGGAACGCGGGGCUGGUGUGGUCAGCGUGUGUGGGCCCGGACCAGCUACAGCAUGGUCUGGGGAUCAGCAUCAAGGUCACAGUCAUCAGUGACCACUUCACAGAACCUCUUACCUUCACCUGCGAUGGCUCGUCCACCACAGACCUGCUUAUCUACCAGACUCUGUGCUACACUCAGGAUGACCUGGACCACAUCGACAUGGAUGAUUAUGUGCUCAAAAUCUGUGGGCAGGCCGAGUUCCUCAACAAUGAUCAGCCUCUAGCAAGUCUUGAGUACAUCCAACAGUGUCUGAAGUUUGACUGGGACAUUCGUCUCUUCCUCACCAAGAGAAGCACUGUCAACACAGAGCUAGCCCGCGUGGAGGAAGAUGAUGAGACUGCCUCCACUAUGAACCACAACAUCGUGCUCCAGGAACGACCAAUCAAACAGACUGUCACCAGGGAAGCUUUGACUCUGCUCCUGGAUACCUUCCACAAUGAGGCAGAAUCCUUUCUCCUUUCUGAGGGUGAGCUUCCACUGCACGUGGAGCGCCUCGUCCAAUCAGUGAAAGCACUCUGCAGCUCUCUGGCGGCUGUGGAAACGCCAGACAUCACAGCCGCCCUCAACCAGCUGCCAGCAUGUCCAUGUCGCCUGCAUCCCAGAGUUCUGAAGGAUGUGUCUGUGCUGGCCAGGAGAGAGAACAGAGACUCCGUGGUGGAGAAGCUGACGGCGGCCAUCUUGGAUCUGGUGGAUCUGUACUGCAGCACGUUCAACGCAAACUUCCAUCCGGCGCCGCAGGGCAGACGCCCAGCCACGCCCAGCCAGGAGGCUGGCCUGGUCACCAACGUCCUCUCCUUCAGCGUCUAUGCAGCGCACCGUGUCCCCAUCACCUGGGCUGCCAGCUAUGAAGGCUUCUUCCUGUCGUGCUCCCUGACCCACGGAGGGGUGGAGCUCUGCGCCCCUCAGCACACCAGCAAGCAGGCUGUCAGCAAACAUCUCUUCCACCUGGUGGUGUGGGACCAGAGGGACCUCCUGACCAACGGGUUUACCGCCUCCUAUGACCUGGUUGAGCUUGAACUCCUGGUGAUUCUCUCGUUCUCUGAUAACGGUUCUCAUUCCCUUUUCUCUCUCUCUCUCUCUCUCUCUCUCUCUCUCUCUCUCUCUCUCUCUCUCUCUCUCUCUCUCUCUCUUUCUUUCUCUCUCUCUCUCUCACUCACUCACUCACUCACUCUCUCACGCACGCACACACACUCUCUCACUCAACCACACUCUCUCUCUCUUUCCCUCUCUUUCCAGUGUGACCUCAUCUACACUUUCUUCCAUCCUCUGCCAAGGGAUGAGAGACCAGGGACAGUGGUGAACGCACUUCAUAGCAGACCUGCCGAGAUGUUGUGGGCUCCGGUCUCAGGCAGGGUGGUGGGGGAGGUCAAACUCUCCAUCUCCUUCAAGAGUGACAAGCUCUUCAUCAUGGUGAUGCAUAUCCGAGGCCUGCAACCGUUGCAGGACGGGUCAGACCCGGACCCCUACGUGAAACUUUACCUCCUCCCCGACCCCCAGAAGACCAGCAAGAGGAAGACCAAGGCGGCGCGACGCACCUGCAACCCCACAUACAACGAGAUGCUGGUGUAUGAACGUAUUCCUCGGGGGGACCUGCAGCAGCGUGUGAUCCACCUGCGUGUUCUGGGUGACGGGGCGUUCUGGGAGAACACGCUGCUGGGCGAGACCUUCAUCCCCCUGAAGAGCCUGGCGCCUGGCCAGCACUGGGUGGACUGGCACGCGCUGGGCACGCCUGGCACCGAUGUCCCCCGCUGACAGUGUAUUUGGAUGUGUGAGACAGAAGGAGUGUGUGUGUGUGUGUGUUUGUGUCAGCAUGACAGUGUCACAGUCUUUCCAGACUUUUCUCCCAGUGGGGGUGUGGGUGUCCUGAGUGGAUGCCUAUGUGACUGUGUCUGUGUGUGUGUGUGUGUGUGUGUGUAUGUGUGUGACUCAUCCCGAGCGAGGUGUGUUUGUGUAUAGACAGCUUCAAAGAUGAAGACGUUUAGUACUGGACACUGUAUUCCAUAGGGUUUCAACCUCUAGAAGUUUCAGAAGUAUAAAAUGUACCAAUCUGACCAGCACAAAAAGGUUAAAACGGUGAAGUAAAAACGUGUAUGGAAACUGUGUUGCACAGAGAUGCCUCGCUAGUUACCAUGACUAUGGGACCUUCCCCUACUUCGUGGGGGCCUUCCUAGGACCACACAAGCUGUCCGUCGACAAGUCUGAUGGAAAAUGUAUUUUUUUUUAUAGAGAACAUUUAUAAUAAGUUAUUUCUUUUGUUUAAUGCGGCUAGAUUGCCAAGCUCAGUUGGAUUGCCUGGUUGUGGUGUGUGUGUGUGUGUGUGUGUGUGUGUGUGUGUGUGUGUGUGUGUGUGUGUGUGUGUGUGUGUGUGUGUGUGUGUGUGUGUGUGUGUGUGUGUGUGUGUGUGUGUGUGUGUGUGUGUGUGUGUGUGUGUGUAUGAAUUGAUAACUGUGUAUGUAGGCUUACUCGCAUUGAUGUGCUGUAGAAACAUGCAACUAUAUGUUAAUAUUACCUUUGAUUAAUUGAGUGUCUCCUGUCUGUCCUUGAGGUCACAAGUAUCUCCAUCUCUGAACUGUCUCCUCCUUCUAUCUUCUCUUCCCCCGAUAGGAAGUAAUCGUCUCUAAAGUUAGCUGGUCUAAAGUGAUCUGCUCUAGAGUUAGCUGGUAUGAGGUGAUCUGUUCUAGAUUGAGCUGGGCGGAUGAACACUGGAAGUUAGGAAUACCUGGAUUACCUCAGAUAUUUCAGUGAACCGAACAUUAGAGUGGAGACCAUUCAGACUGACAAGAUGUGAACACAGGAGUGUGUGUCCUAGAGAAUACAGGAGAGGAAGCGUGUGUCCUAGAGAACACAGGAGUGCCCUGUUGUCAUAUAGUCACUGCAUUACAGCUGUACAGUUGAGCUCCCUUACCAGUUUGAUGCUAAUGCUAAUAGCUGAUCUAUCCAAGCACAGACACUGUUGCUAUAACCCUUAGUUGUUUGUGUUUCAAAUGUAGUACUGUACAUUGAGAUUACACAGGUGUAACAUAUUUUGCGUUUUAGGGGAAAAUCCACACAUUGACAUAUUUUAUUAUAGUUCUUUUUUAAACAUGUUUGCUUAAAACAUAAAUGCAUCCACUAAUAUUGUUUUGCAUGAGCCUUCCCACAGCUCUGAGUGUAUGUGUUGAGUGUGUGCUGGAGAAAACGUGUGUAGAUUGUUUUGUAAAGUUCACAUUCAAAAGACAUCAACAUAGUAGUUACAGACUUUAUGUUUAUGUGGUAACCUUAUGAGAACAGUUUUACUAGUCAAACAUGUACUUCCAUUUGUUCUGCUCCUCACAACAAUGUUACAGUGCAAGCAGUUAGUUACUACUGGGUGGGAGUUAUACACAUUUGACAGUAUCAUGAAACUGUCUGCUGUACUACCUGAGGGGACUCGAUCCAUACUGUUGUCGUUCUUGUGUGUGACUUCCACAUUCAAUCUAGAUUUGUCCUAGUUCAUCGAGAUAAUUGGUUUACGCAAGCAAAGUAAAUGAAAAGUCUUUAACCCUUGUGUUAUCUUCGGGUCAUUCUGACCCAUCAGUCAUUGUGACCCACCGUCGUAUUGCGACAACUUUACUGCAUACAAAAACAAAGUGAGGAAUUUUCUUUUAACCGGCUGUCUCAGACCCCCCACAUUGCAAAGGUUAAAAGAAAAUGCUAUUUAUUGUUUUUGUAUUGGGUAAAAUUGGUUAAACACAACGAUGGUUCGUUGUGAACCUUUGGGUCAUGUGACCCGAAGGCAGCACAAGGGUUAAAAAGUUAUUGGGAAAGGACAUCUUGGAUUUGAAUCUUUCCAACAGUCACUGGGGGGCAGGUUGUCAUGACCACAGGACUGGUUAACAAUAUUGGCUACCAUAUUUUGACCAACAAUUUAGUCUGGUUUGCCUGCAUAGUGGCAUGGCUGAAGUGUGAUUCGACUAAUUAAUUAUUUCUGAUUUAUGUCAGUUGUAUCUGGUCAUGACUUGUCACGUCUAUAUAUAUUAGGGACAUUUUGUUUCAAUCAGGUGUCUUUUGAUGCCUGGUAAUCCCAUCUGAAAGGGCAGAAAUGUAUCAAUGAAAAUAGACAGAGAUAGUUGAAGUUACAGCCUGUUUGUGUUUACGUGCUAACCUUAUGAGAGACAUUGAAGUAAAAGUGUCUGAUUUACAGGCGAUUCUGGGAAAUAUGGGUUCUGUGUCCCAAAUAUUACAAUGUCUUACCCUGGUCUCCUUACCUUUAGGACCUCCAGAGAUUGUGUCAAAUCCUCAUACCAAUCAUAUGCUUCUGCUCAUCUGGCUUAGAAGCUUAAUGCAUUACUCUGCUAGGACCUUUCAUGAAGUUAGGAGUCUGACACCUACAGAUGCCCAGAAAGGUGUGUCCCUCAGGAAAGGAGACAAGGACGAGUAGGAAUGGGACUGGGCUCUGAGACAACUAGGGAUCUGAUGUUGGGGAAAUAAAACAGAAUGUAAGUUCAAAAUGAACUGAAUCUUGAGUACUGUAAAUACUGAGAAUAUCAUUCAUGUGAUUUUCACUUUCAUGAAUCACUUAAUUAGAGUUUGACCCCACUUUUGAUGCUUAUGAUUAAAAAAAAGCUGUUACUGUUACUUUACUUAAAUUUUUGGAUCCAUGAUUUUGUAAUAUUAUUUGCACUAAAUAAUAACAAUAAACUUGAAUCUA